AGAAGAAGAAGACGAUUUACGCAUGGUUACUUCCUUCCAUUCUUCUUUGUUAUUAUUGUAAUUAUAUACUGUAUGAUUUUUGUUAAAUUUCUGACUUAAGGUUUUUGAAGCUAGAUUUGGUACCGCGAUAUUGCAUCUAUGUCAGGUUUGCCGACUCCGAACCGCUCAUCUGCCGGCUGGCCGCGCGGUGUCAAUCAGUUCGGGGGAAACAAAUACAUGAGCGCGACGGCGAAACCUCUCACCCUUGAGAGAACUAUCAACUUAUAUCCUCUCACCAACUAUACAUUCGGUACCAAGGAGCCACUCUAUGAAAAGGAUAGUUCAGUGGCAGCACGGUUCCAGAGGAUGCGCGAAGAGUUUGACAAAAUGGGAAUGCGUAGGACGGUGGAGGGAGUGCUGAUUGUCCACGAGCACAGGUUGCCCCAUGUAUUGCUGCUCCAGCUGGGGACCACCUUCUUCAAACUGCCAGGUGGGGAGCUUAGCUCAGGAGAGGAUGAGGUGGAUGGACUGAAGCGCCUGAUGACAGAGAUUUUAGGCCGACAAGACGGGGUUAAGCAAGACUGGGUGAUUGAUGACUGCAUUGGAAACUGGUGGCGCCCAAACUUUGAGCCCCCACAAUAUCCCUACAUUCCAGCCCACAUUACUAAGCCCAAGGAGCAUAAAAAGCUAUUUCUGGUUCAACUGCAGGAAAAAGCUCUGUUUGCAGUCCCAAAAAACUACAAACUGGUCGCAGCCCCUCUAUUUGAGCUCUAUGACAACGCCCCCGGUUAUGGGCCAAUCAUAUCCAGCCUACCGCAGCUACUAAGCAGGUUCAACUUUAUUUACAACUGAAUGUUGUGAACAUGGAUACAGUGGGUGACUGUCUCUGUGAGUGCAGUCAUGGUAUGUUGAAAUGGAGACAUGGAGGGGAAGUGAAACAAUGUGGCAUGAGCGGGAAUCCAAGAAACUGAUACUUAGUAAAAAAAAAAAAGGAGAAAAAAAAAAGAAAAAAAGGAAAACACCACCUCAGGCGAACGGACUGUAAAAGGGCUGUUUACAAUGAUGAAUGAAAAAAAUACUGUCUGACAUUAGGUUUUUGUUUUGGAUCUGAAACAUUUGUUAUUUUGUACAUGAUGUUUAAUGUUGAUUUUAUGCUCUUUGGCAGAAUACAUUUUUUUGAUUAAAGAAACAACAGCAUGGAGUUUUCUGUUGUGUUUUAACCUGUAUUACUGUCUUGCUAUUAUUUUUCUUAAAAAUAAAUUACUAUUUUCAAG